ACCCAUUGGCUUUUUUGCCUAUAUGUCCAUUUCCUUCGCUUGCUGCUAAUUGUUGCGUUCAUUCGAUUGAACAGGAAAUCUUACCUAUUCAGCAAAAAAGAACCCAAGUUGGGCCACUCCAUUCUUUAUUCUUAAGCAUUCCUUUUUCUGUCUACAGACAUGAAUGGGGAGUGAAGAAGAAUACUCACCUGCUUUUCUUUUCCUUCCUUUUCGCUCCAUCCUCAUCCUAUCCUUCCUUUUGACUUGGCGUUAAAGUUAGUCCAUCGUGUAUACUCUUUUGCAGCGUUUCAAAGACACCUUAAAACGUUUAAUCGAGUCUCUUCAUCACGGCGUAGCGAAAGAAGCAAGCAAAAUCUCACUCGGAGAAGCCAAAGCCAUGGCCACGGAAACCACGCACUCGAGUUCUUCCGAGCUCGCAUCCACGCGAGAAAUGAAACCGAGUGCUUCGGAAACGGAGACGUCCGACAGCUUCGUUGCUGUUGACAUCGACGAGCUCUCUCAGCAACUCAUGGCAAACAUCAAGGAUCGUUCCAGCUCAACCCCACGAGUUGUCUCGGUGAUGAAGAAGAAUCUUUCAAGAAAAGGAUCACAAGGCAGCGGCGCCGAGCGAGAGAAGAAUAAGACGGAGCAACGAGACCAUCAUCAGGGCACCGGGGACAAGUUACCUUUUUCAAUACGCGUGGAGACCGACGAGGAGGCGGCGUCGCUUUAUCGUGUGUCGGGCCCAACAGCGGAAGCGGGGCGAUGGAGGCGGGUCGGCCCUCGGCGGCCUCCCUUGCCGUGGCUCGACCCCAACCGAGUCGUAAUCGUAUUCGCCACCUUUGAUGCUCGUGGCUCCCCGACUCGUCGCAAUGCCAACAUAACCCCUUCGCAGAUCGCUCCCGAAGCUCUUCUCUUGUCAACUUUUUUGGUGCAGGGACUCGGCUGACAGUGGGGGGGCUAAGGGCUUUGGUAUUGUUGGUUGGGGAGUGACCUUAGUCCUCCAGGCUUCAUGGUUUAAUCACUCCUCUUGAAGUCAUGCGAAAGAGAUGGCUGCCAUAAGCGUGUAUGGUUGUCUCGCUUUAACUUUUUCCCGGAUCUCCAGUUUCAAGCCCUCAACAAAGGUCCCCAAUAACUAUUUUUCACACCAAUCAUGAGUUUGAUUAGAUAACCUUUCAAACCUAGUUUGGUACUCCUGAAUGGUGGAGGUUUGUCGGAUAUUUG